AUGGCGGCACGCAGCCGCUCGUGGGCGGCGACCGGCUCUGUGCCCGCCUCUGCCCGCUCCCUCCCAGCCCACCCGACAGAGAUGGUAGAGGUCACGGGUUGGGACGGUGCUGUCGAGCUACUUGCAGUACAAAUAAAGGAAGGGCCGGACGAGAUAAAUAGAACGAAGCAUUUGGGAGACAGGAACAUGAAUAAUUCCACCUCUGGCCUUCAGCCCAGUCUGCAGACCAGAGGCUGCACAUAUCAUGAGAAAUUCAAGAACAUUCUACUGCCCGUCACUUACACGACGGUCCUGAUCUUCGGCCUGACCCUAAACAUGACGGUCAUUGUUCAGAUCUGGCUCUGUCAGAAGCCGCUGACCCGGAGCGCGAUCUACAUGGUCAACUUGGCCAUGGCUGACAUCCUGUAUGUCUGCUCCCUUCCUCUCCUGAUCUACAAUUACAUCCACAUGGACUACUGGCCCUUUGGCGAGAUGAUGUGCAAGGCUGUCCGUUUCCUCUUCUACGCCAAUCUUCACGGGAGCAUCCUGUUCCUCACCUGCAUCAGCCUGCAACGUUACAUUGGCAUCUGCCACCCGCUAAGCAGUUGGCACAAGAAGCGGGGCCCCAGGUUUGCCUGGAUGGUCUGCGGCUUGCUUUGGGCCUUCGUGAUAGCCGAAUGUGCUCCCACCUGGAGAUUUGCCUCCAUUGGCGUCCAGCGGAACAGGACGGUGUGCUACGACCUGAGCAGCCCCGAUCAGUCCCUUUAUUACUUCCCCUACGGGAUCGCCCUGACCGUGGUGGGGUUCACGGUCCCGUUCGUCGGGCUGCUGAUGUGCUACUGUGCCAUGGCGAUGGCGCUCUACAAGCCCGACAAGGCGCUGGGCCUCGCCAUCCAGCGGAAGAAAAGCAAGGCCCUGCGGAUGAUCGCCAUUGUGACCAUCGUCUUCAUCAUAAGCUUCCUGCCCUUCCACGUUACAAAGACGACGUACCUCAUUGUCCGCGCUCGGAGCUCCAUCCCCUGCGGGACGCUGCAGACUUUCGCCCGGGCCUACAAGGCCACCAGGCCCCUCGCCAGCAUGAAUAGUGUCAUGGAUCCCAUCCUGUUCUACUUCACCCACGAGAGGUUCAGGCAGAGCACGCGGAGUCUGCUGGAGAGGAUCAACACCACUUGGAAGGCUAGAAUUCACAAAGAGGAGGCGGGUUGA